GUGGUGGCUUCCGCUAGAUUCUCCCUAGAUUUGAAACAUCUCCCGUUGUCCGAACUUCAGACCAUUGUCCCAAAGGGCAUCCUUCCUUCACCAAAUCUCAAUCUCUCUCUCUCUCUCUCUCUCUCUCUCUCUCUGAGCUGAAGCUUUUGGGAGGGGCAAGGGGAGGGCAAAGAUGAGCAGGGGAACGAGCAUAUUUGUCAUCAGGUGGAUCAACUUUCUAACCAUGAUAUUAGCAAUAGCAGUUAUAUGUUUUGGGAUAUGGAUGAGCACCCAUCAUGAUGCAUGCCGAAGGUCCUUAACACUCCCUGUCAUGGGUAUCGGCGCUUUAGUCCUUCUAGUAUCCUUGAUCGGGUUCCUUGGAGCUUGGAAGAAUGUCACCAUACUGCUGUGGGCGUAUCUUGUGAUCUUGUGCUUAAUUUUGGUGGCAAUUAUGGCGUUCACUGUGUUAGCGUUUAUCAUAACAAAUGGUGGAUCUGGUCAUGCUGUAGCUGGACUGAGGUACAAAGAGUAUCAUCUUCAAGAUUAUAGUUCUUGGUUCUUAAAACGGCUCAACAAUACCAAAAACUGGAGACACUUGAAGAGUUGCCUUGUGAAAACCGAGGAUUGCAAUGAUUUGCCAAAGAAAUACAAGACUUUGAAAGAGUAUAAGCUCGCAGAACUUACCGCCAUUGAAGCUGGUUGCUGUCGGCCACCAUCAGAGUGUGGAUACCCAGCAGUAAAUGCUUCCUACUAUGACUUGAGCUAUCAUCCUGUGAGCAAUAACAAAGACUGCAAGCUUUACAAAAAUGCACCUAGUGUGAAGUGUUAUGACUGUGAUUCUUGCAAGGCUGGAGUUGCACAGUACAUGAAAAUUGAGUGGAGAGUGGGUGCAAUUUUUAAUGCCAUCCUGUUCGCCAUAUUGUCAGCUGUAUUCUUUGUUGGCUGCUGUGCAAGGAGGAAUGCUGAGAGGAGUCAUUCUUCCAAAGUCAGAGGCAGAUAAUUUGUCUAUUUUGUAGCUCUUUGUUGGAAGAUGCAGGGAUUUAGUGAGAAGCUGUCAAUUUUUCAGCAACAUCCUUAUUAAAUGGAACAAAUUAAAUAUACGAUCCUUAGUCUGUACCAUAAUGCAAAAUCCAUUAAUUUCUUUCUAUACAUUGUUUUCGAUUGUAUGUGGGGCUUGAGUGUGACUUUUUCGGCAUCAAAAUGAUAACAUUCUCUAGGUGCAUUUGGACAUACUAGAAAACCAGUAUGUCCCAUGUGUUAUAUAUUCUUUAAAAUUAGAAAUUAUGAUUAUAUAAGAUUUGGUGGUUGGUU